UUAAUGCAGUUUAAAUACAUAUCUUUACUUUAAACUUAACUUCUUACUUAUUAUAGUUUUUUAUUAUUAUUAUUAUUGUUUAACAAUUUUUUUUUUCGUUAUUUAUUAAACAAAGUAUGUCAAUUUCAUAUUUAAAAUUAUUUUUGUUAUAUUAGCCAUUACUUUUAUAUGUAAUGGCUAAAUAACGGCAAACGCCAACAAAACAUAACCAAAAACUCUCGUUACGCUCAAAGUUUUUCGACGCACUUAUGCACUUGUUACAAUGACGCGACAUUAGAAAUAGAAAAAUAAUUCAUUUUACAUUGUUACCAAUGAAGCAAAUCACUAAAUACUUUGUCACCGCGGCUGUAGUAGUCAUCUAGUGCGUCAUUACUUUACAGUCUUUGUACACCGUCCACUCCAACAACAAAACCUGUGUAAUGGAAGAAAUAAGCGCCAAGCGGUGAUGGGGAAGAUUAUUUACUUCAAACGCAAAAUAAAAAAAAUAAAAAUCGAACAUAAAUUGUUUUAAAUAUUUUUAAUGAUUAACUCAUAAGUAGUAACUUCUAAGCAAUCCAACCUAUCUGUGAUGACUCCGUGACAUACGUGACAUAGGUUCGCCAUUUGAGCCCAUCUCUGAUCUAUACUAUAAUAAUAUUAUAAUAUUAUUAUCUAUACUAUAUUAUGUAAAAUAAAUACCUAGUAUCUAUAUUGCAUCGCUAUUGUUGUAAUUCAUGUUCAACGUAAUACAACCUAACAAUAACAUCAAUAAUAAUAUAAUAGAUGCGUCUACAAAUCAUGUUUUGUAAAAUUUAAAUUAGUGUCAUAAUUAUGUAUACGUAAGUACUAUUGUAAAAAAUAAAAAUACAAAGAAUUGACGAGGUUCUUUCGUAACCCAUUGAUGGCCUUACAAUUUACAUUGUUUUACAACUGGAUGAUCGCGAUUGUGAUGUCAUAUAUAUAUAUAUUAUAUAUUAUACGUAGUACCUAUACUCAUAUCUAGCAUUUCAAUUCUGCAAGUAGUGUUAUUCAUUAGCGACUUUUUACGUAACGCUCGAAAUGACAAUAAAACAUUCGAAAAAACGUGCACGAUGACUGCACACAACCAUAAUAUUAUUGUACUUAUAAUAUGAAAUAGAUUUUUUUUUUCCGAGAUCGUCGUCGCGUCGAGUGUUUUGUUUUUCCGUACAAACAAAUAAAAGUCUUCGACGAAUACUAAUUAAUGAUAAUAAUAUAUUGGUAUUAAAAUUAUUAUACGUGAGUAAACAAUAUUGUACAAUAACAUCAUGUCACGGCUGUCGAUGCCGACGAUCGCUUUCUUGGCGUUGGCAUUGCAGAUCGUUCUGCUACGGUCGGCCGACGGUACGUCGAGAACCGACGUCGACGAUCAUGUCAUGCAGCGCGACACCCGGAUACCGGAUCUUUGGGUAUCCGAUCUGUUUUACCGGGCGUUGGCCAAUUUCACGUUGCGACGAGCGGCUGGCACAGAAUGCCGUCGUCAAACCGGCGUGUAUGAGAGGGAUUUGCGCAAUCACACCAGUUGGGCCGUCAGAAUGCAAGAAUCCUGGAACCGAUACCCAGUCGGCUUACUCACGGGUAACAUAUAUCAAAUGGGUGACUACGAUGAAUGUGUAGACUUACGUUAUCCAGUGAAAGGACAGUACUGUUUGUCCGAAAUAAAAUUAAUUCCACCAGCUGACAGAAAUUACAGCUUUGAGAGAACAGAAGAUUUAGACGAUUUUGGUAACAAUCAUGCUUGGAAAACCAUACUCGGGUGGGCUGGUUAUCAGGACCAAAUGCACAGAAACAUUUUGAAGUUGGGAAUAUGCAUACCGGACGCUUGUUCGGCACUAGACUUACAGACAUCACUACAAAGCGAAUUUGAUGAGGUGUUUCCCGAACAAUUCAAAACCAUCGUCAAAGUAGACCCGAUAAUGUGCACGGUUCGCGAGGAUAAGUUUCCCUACGACACACCGUAUUAUGUUACAGUGUGGAUAUUUUUACUGCUCAUUCUGAUUUGUUGCUGUGUCACGUUGUAUCAUUUUGUAAGAAUACUACACCACAAAAAUACAAAUGAAAACGAUAAGGUUCCUAAUUCAUUUUUCUAUGAAUUUUCAUUUAUUGUGUCAAUUAAAACAUUAUUGAAAUAUGACAAACAUAAUGAAUUAAAUUUUUUUCAUACCACAAAAGUAAUAGCGAUCUUCUCUGUUAUGUAUGGACAUAAAUUAUUGAUUUUGAUGUCACAUCCUAUAAGAAACUCCAAGUACAUAGAGAGUUUAUAUCUUGAAGGACCAGCUAUAUUGUUGACUAGUUUUAACCUCGUUGAUCCAUUUUUCUUCAUAAGCGGAUACCUUAUGUACAUUAAUCUUGCUCAUGAAUUUCGGAAACCAAAGGAAGAAUCGGUUUGGAAAACUCUCCUAUUACCAAUCUUCCAGCGAAUUCUCAGAAUUUUACCGACUUAUUGCGCGAUGAUGGCGAUCACGGCAUAUAUAAUACCCCACCUUGGACAAGGCCCUCUUUGGCCAAGUAAUUCCUGGGAGGAAGCUGAAAUAUGUAAAAAUUAUUGGUGGACGAACCUGUUGUUCAUAAACAAUUUUGUUCAUAUCAAACAUCAGUGUUUAAUUAUGAGUUGGCACUUGUCAAGUGAUAUGCAGUUUUUUAUAAUCGGAGUAAUUAUCGUUUAUUUUUUAAUAAAAAACCCCAAAAAAGGAAUCGCAUUGCUUGGCACUGUAAUUGGUUUGUCAGUAUUCGUGCCGUUCAUAGUCACGCUUUGGACAGGACGAAAAGGAAUAGAUAUAAUUUCAACAGAUUCUCAAAUUUACGCAAGAAAUGUUAUAUGGUUAAACAAGUCGUACCGACCAAGUUACAUGCGGGCAACGCCAUUCUUUGUAGGUUUGGCUACGAGCGUUGUAAACGAAAAACUGAAAGAAAAAAAAGUUAAAUUUUCACAAAUAGUAGUACACAGCGGAUUAAUUGCUAUUUGCACAUUGACUUUUUGGGCUCAGUUUUACGGCACCGUAUUCUAUGAAAGAAACAGACCUUAUUAUCCAUUGGAACACGCCUUGUACUUGGUUAUCUCUCAUAGUACGUGGGCGGUAGCGGGUAUUUGGAUAACCAUGAGCUAUUUCACGUCUGGAUAUGGUAUACUUAAUAAUGUAUUUAAUAAUAGAAUUUUUACGAUUAUGGGUAAACUAUCGUACAUCGUUUCGUUGGUGAACCUGACUGUUUUUAUAUUUUCUCAGAAUUCACAAAGGUUACCCAUUCAUCUGACAUCAAAAUAUUUGUUUGACUCUUGGCUCUGCGAUGCAUUCAUGUGUUAUUUGAUUUCCAUCAUCUUGUAUUUGGUAGUUGAAGAACCAUUUACGAAAUUGAUUGGAAAACUGUUUUAUCAUUGGAAAAAUAAAAAAUCGUCAAUCAAUUUUGGAACACCGAUCGGAAAACCAACUUUCAGCAAGAGUAAGACUGUUAAAAAUGAUUAAAGUAACUUAUUAUAAUAAAUUAAUAUAGGUGCAGGUGGGUUGAAUUAAUUAUUAAGAACACGUUAAAUCUGUAUUUUAUCCGUAUUACUGACACAUUACUUGUAAAGUUUUUAUUAAGAAGAUUAUUAUUUCAAAAUUGCUCAUUACUUUCUUAAUAAUUGAAAUGUCAAAAAUACUUAAAAAGUACCUGAGCAGCAAGUAAAGAAAAUAAUCAUUUAAAUCGCACUAAUUAGCGUGAUUAUACUAUUUAUUGGUAUAUUUAUCUACACAUUCUGUCAAUUCAGUAAUAAUAUCUCUAUUUACAGUGUUUAACUUAACUUUAAAAAUAAUAAAAAAAAAACAUUCUCAUUACUUUGUAAUUUGUAUAUUAAAUCACGUAUUUUAAAAGUUUUGUCAUUAUUCUUAAUGCAUUCCACUACAUAAUUUAUUUUGGAACUGAUUAAUUAUGAAAUGUUUUUAGUGUGAUAUCAGCUGUACAUAUGGAAGUACCUAUUUGUUUUUGUAACUCGAUUUUUAUUUAGUCUAAACGCUUUGUUGUUGUUAAACAAUCUUUUUUUUUUAUUGUUUUUUUAUUGAAUAAAGUAUACUCAAUUUUAUACUUCAAA